AUGCGAAAACUUGCACCUAUUGGAAUUGCUGCUGCUGAAAUCGGUGGUAUGACAAUUCAUUCAUUUUUGGGUGAACAACGCAAUUCUGGAAAACCACAAACCAUCAAACCAGGUGAUUCAAAACUUGAAAAAAAAUGGAGACUCGUCGAAUACCUACUGAUCGAUGAAAUGAGUAUGGUUGGUUUAAACUUAUUAGCAAAACUUAAUCGAAUCAUUUGCUCUGCAAAACAUGCCGAUCUACAAGUUCUAUUCGGUGGUAAAUCCGGUAAAUUGCCAAAUGAAAAAGAAAUUCAACAACGUGCUGCACGUUCUUUAAUUCUUCAAAUCAGUUGCGUCGUAAAACUUACUCAACAAAUGCGAACAGAAGAUCCACGAUAUCUUCAACUUCUCGAACGACUUCGUCAUGGACAAUGUACUUAUGACGAUUAUGAAUUAUUAUUAACACGAGUUGUUGGACAACCAUCAGCUCCGAUUCUUGUGUUCAGAAAUGAAGUACGAACAUAUUUGAACAAUAAAGCAGUAAUUUAUAAAGCGACGCAAAUAGGACAAGAACCCAUGGUAUGUGUCGCUCAAGACACUUGCAAAGGAAAACCAAUUGAUGAUCCAACACAUUAA